GUAAAUCCGCCGGGACGUUCGAGUCACGAGACCUACGUACACUUGUGGGUUAAUUAGAGCGCGACCCGAGUUGUAUUGGUGGCUUUGGUAAUUUUACUAUAAACGAAACAGCAGACGUAUUCUUCGGAAGAGAGCGCGAUAGCAGUGAGUUGUAUAUGUGAUAAUUUCCGCCGAGUAGACAGUGUUAUUUUUAGUUGGCCUCGGACAAGUUGCACUCGUUGGAAAAGUGGAGAAGGGUCGUCUUUACUAGAGCACGAAAUCGUUUCGAAUCAUUUGGAGUAAGACAUGAAGAACAUAUGUAAAGAGCAAGUUCAGCUACUACUACAUAACAAAUUUGUGGUUAUCCUGGGUGACUCCAUUCAACGCUCGGUUUAUAAAGAUCUAGUGUUGCUGUUACAGAAGGACCGUUAUCUUACACAGUCUCAGCUCAAAGAAAAGGGAGAACUAAACUUUGAGUGUGAUCAACUGGUUGAAGGUGGAAAGAUUGGUGGACUAAACAAUGGUACAGCAUACAGAGAGGUGCGACAGUUUUGCACUGCUCAUCACUUAGUUAGGUUCUACUUCCUGACCCGUAUUUAUUCAACCUAUAUGGAAAGUAUCCUUGCCGACUUCAAAGGUGGCCCCCAGCCUGAUGUUGUCAUUAUGAACUCCUGUGUGUGGGAUGUUUCUCGGUAUGGCAUAAAUUCAAUGAAGGAAUAUAGAAUGAAUUUGGAAAAGUUCUUUAUGAGGUUAAAAGAGAUCCUCCUUCCAGAGUCUUUGAUUAUAUGGAACUUAACAAUGCCACUUGGCAAAAAAGUGUAUGGUGGCUUUCUUGUCCCAGAGAUCCAACACAUGGAAAAAACCUUGCGCUCUGACAUAAUUGAAGCCAAUUUUUAUAGUGCCACACUUGCAGAUUCUCAUAAAUUCGAUGUCCUGGACUUGCAUUACCACUUUCGCUUUGAACUACAGAAUCGUAUGAAAGAUGGAGUUCACUGGAACCAACUUGCACACCGAAAGCUCACCUUUCUUUUGUUGGGACACAUAGCAGAAGCCUGGAAUGUUGAUCUUCCAGACAACAAGUUGGAAAAUCCUUGCAAGAAUUCUAGUGAUGUGAUGGUGACUGUUACUCCUCUAUCAGACAUCAGAAUUGUGUCUCAUCCUACAUCUGCAAAAAGCUCUUCCACAGAUUUCAGCUGCAGAAUAAAUGUGCAAGUUGGUUCAUCUGAGCAGACUUCUACAGAUUCUGUGGUAAAGCAAUCUCGUAAGCAAGGUAAAAAGCAAAGAAAACAGAAGGAAAAUCUGUGGCACAGUUCUACAAGGCAAAGAAGGCAGUUUAAAAAUUUAGGUCAGUGUAGUAAUGGAAAUAUGGGAUUUGAGCCUCCUUAUUUUCAUCAUGGAUGUUUCCCAGUCCAGGGUCCAGAAAUGCAUCAUGCGCCAUGUAAUGGACCUUCAUGGAUGGAUAUCGGUCAUCCCCCUAAUCGGUAUUUUAAUAACUGUACAAUGGGCAUGAUGCAAGGAAUGCAUACCUUCCAAAAUAUUGGCACCUUCUGGAAUGAGAACAUGGCCUACAAUGAUUCAUAUUUAUACAAUAGAGAAGAUGAGCACUACUUUUCAGGAAACGGCUUUGCUCAGAAUGAUGGCCCUUAUUUUAGGGAGUUCAUGCGGCCCCACAGGCACCGUUUUGUCAUGAGGAGUCCGCCUGCCAAGAGGCAUUUUGCACCCUACAGUGUGCGCAGGGGGGCGCCGUUUUACAGAUACUGACGUGUGGUGGGUGACCAGCAGAGACAUUCAAGAAGCUAAUGGGUUUUGGUAGAGCACUUGCUAUUAAGGAAUUCUUGAAAAACAUUCUUUUACAAAAGCAGUUUGUUUGUGCAAAAAUAUGCAUGUCAUUGUUUAAAGUGUUUUUUAAAAAUGAUUGUUGUGCUAAAUCAAGUAUUUGUCUGAUUUUAAUUGUUUAAAUUUGCACUUGUUUUGCUUGUUAAGUCUUUGGUUUAAGAGCUUUGAAACUAGUAUUAGCAAUUUGUUUUUUUGCUCGUUUUAGAUUUGUUUAUGUAGUUAAUAUGCAUGUUGUUAGUUGGUAA